AUAGGGGGUCAUCUUGCAUUCUCUCUCACAUUUACCACUUGCUCUAUAAAUACUACGAUACUCUAAAACCGAAAAAGAAACUAAGAUCAACUCAAUUGUCGCCAUUUUCAACUCUCUUAUAAAAUCCUCUAAACACAAACAAUCAAACAAUAAUAUUUCUAAUUUUCUUCAUACUAUUCUUACAGAGUCUUGUUAUCAAGAAAGCAGAAAAAAUGGACCUAUUUUACAAGGCAAAAGCAGUAAGGCUUCGUAGCUACCAUGAAAAAUACUUAACAGCAGAAGAAGAUGAAGAAACAGUGAUUCAAGAUCGUGAUGGGGCUUCCAAGAAUGCAACUUGGACAGUUGAAUUCAUCAACAGUCCUGAAAAAUACAACAUAAUUCGCCUCAAAAGUUGCUACAACAAGUACCUCACUGCUUCAAAUCAAAGAUUUCUUUUAGGUAUGACAGGGAGGAAAGUUCUACAAACUCUGCCACAAAGGCUUGAUUCUUCGAUAGAAUGGGAACCCAUUAGAGAAGGGCACCAAGUAAAGCUUAGGACAAAGCAAGGUCAAUUCUUGAGGGCUAAUGAUAGUAUUCCACCUUGGAGAAAUUCUGUCACACACAAUAUCCCACAUAGGACUUCUACUCAAGAUUGGAUUUUGUGGGAUGUUGAUGUGGUUGAAAUCUUGGUUCAUUCACCAGUUCCUAAAGAGCCUCCACCUUUGGUUUAUCAUGAUCAUGAAGGCUCUAAUUUGGGUUCUGAAUCUAUUUCACGUUCAUCUUCUGUUUACUCUGCGUCAGCAGCCAGCUUUUCUAGACAAGAGUCAGAGGAGUUUUUGGCUAGUUCACUGAUAAAGUUUGGAGAUGGGAGGCUGAUUUAUUAUCACAUUGCUAAUGAAUAUGGAGAAAUCAAUGAGGGAGUAGAAGGGGUUUGCAUUCCUUUUAAGGGAAAUAGUGUUGAGGAGCUGACUAAGAUAUUAGAGGAAGAAACCGGGCUUGAGGACAUUACUGUGUGUACGAAGAGUUCUUUGAAUGGGAAACUGUACCCUCUUCAUUUGCAGCUUCCUCCCAACAAUGCAAAUAUGGAUGUUGUUGUUGUGCCAUCUGGUCUCAUCUAAAGCAGGAGAUUUUGCAAAUGCAAGGAUGCCAAUGCAGAGCAACUUUGAUUGCACUAUACAUCAAAUGGUGCCUACAUAUUUCUCGUGUUUCGAUAUUAUCAGGACGAAUCCUCCAAUAAGCAGAACAAAAGUUGACGACAAGGCUAUCUCGGUGGGAGGCGCUGCUACCAUAAGGCAUGUGAGACGAUCUAUUCAGUUCUCGUACUUAUAAAGCACGUACAUAUAUUGGUUUAUGACAGAGUAUAGUUAGUUUGGCAUGUAUAUCAUUCUUUUAAUUUUUCAUUGUUUCUUGGAAGUGAAUUUUGCAGCUAGAGUAUCUUAUUUGUUUGCUCUUUGGAGACAAGUUUGAUUGUAAAUUCUUUAUCAUUGAGAUUGCCGUAGAAUGAAUUGCAUACAUUGAACCUUGAAAGCA